AUGGCGCCGCUACGGGCCCAUCCACGAUGGUCGUUCAUCCUGGUGAUAGUCACCAUCGUCUCAUUUCUUGCUGUUCCAGCAGUGAUGGUUAAGCAUGAAAACUUCAAGACGUGCUCCCAGUCUGGCUUCUGUAAGCGCAACCGGCAAUAUGCAGACAACGCAGCUACCCAGGCUUCUGCAUGGACCUCUCCUUUCGAGCUUGAAGCCGGCUCUUUAACUUUCUCGGAUGGUCAGCUGCUUGGAACCGUCAUCAAGACCGUACGGAACAAUGAGAAAUUGCGUUUCCCGUUGGUAGCCUCCUUCCUGGAAUCUGGGGCAGCUCGCAUCACAAUCGAUGAGGAACGACGAAUGAAAGGAGACAUCAAGUUACGACGUGACAGCACUAUCAGGAAAGAACGUUAUAAUGAGGCUGCGAAAUGGGCAAUUACUGGUGAAAUGAAACCUAGCUCUUCCGCUGAGUCUCAUACCGACAAGACCACUGGUAUUACCAAGGUCCAGUAUGGCCCAGAUCUGAAGUUUGAGGCAGUCAUAAAACAUUCACCUUUCGAAGUUUACUUCCAGAGAGAUGGUCAGACUCAGGUACAGCUAAACUCCAAAGGUCUUCUCAACAUUGAGGAAUGGAGGCCAAGAAACGAGAUCAUUGAGCCUGGAUCUGAAUCUGAGACUGAAGACGCAAAUGCCGUGGACGAUAGCACCUGGUGGGAUGAGUCGUUUGGAGGAAACACGGAUACCAAGCCUAGAGGACCGGAGAGUGUUGGUCUUGAUAUCAGUUUCCCCGGCUACGAGCAUGUGUUUGGAAUCCCUGAGCAUGCGGACUCCAUGUCACUGAAGCAAACAAGGGGCGGUGAGGGCCAGCAUACGGAGCCAUACCGAAUGUACAAUUCGGAUGUAUUUGAGUAUGAGCUAAACAGCCCAAUGACUCUAUAUGGGUCAAUUCCUUUCAUGCACGCUCACAGAAAGGAUUCUACGGUUGGCGUUUUCUGGCUAAAUACCGCUGAGACAUGGGUUGAUAUCGUCAAAUCGACCAUUGCUCCCAACCCCAUGUCUAUCGGAGUGGAGGCAAAGACCACGACCGAAACUCAUUGGUUUUCGGAAGCCGGACAGUUGGACGUCUUUGUAUUCCUUGGUCCAACUCCUGAUGCUCUUUCAAAGACCUAUGGUGAACUCACUGGUUUUACUCAACUCCCACAGCAGUUCGCUAUCGCUUACCACCAAUGCCGCUGGAACUACGUAACUGACGAAGACGUUAAGGAUGUCGACCGCAAGUUUGAUAUGUACCAAAUACCAUACGAUGUUAUCUGGCUUGACAUUGAAUACACCGAUGACAAGAAGUACUUCACUUGGGGUCCUCAAACUUUCCCUGACCCGCUUAGCAUGCAGAAACAGCUUGAUUACUCCGGACGCAAGCUGGUCUAUAUCAUUGAUCCACAUAUCAAGGCCGAGGCAAAUUACCAUAUUGUUGAUGAAAUGAAGGCGAAGGGACUUGCCAUUCUGAACAAGGACGGAGAGAUUUUUGAGGGAUGGUGUUGGCCUGGAUCUUCUCACUGGGUCGACUGCUUUAAACCAGCUGCUGUGGAAUGGUGGAUGAAUCUCUUCAAGUAUGAAAACUUUAAGGGAACUGCAUCCAAUUCGUGGGUUUGGAAUGAUAUGAAUGAACCUUCUGUCUUCAACGGGCCUGAGACAACUAUGCCAAAGGACAACAUCCACCAUGAUAAUUGGGAGCAUCGUGAUGUUCAUAAUGUCAAUGGACUGACAUUCAUCAACGCCACUUACCAUGGACUCAUUGAACGUAAAAAGGGAGAGAUCAGGCGCCCAUUUGUCCUCACUCGGUCAUUCUUUGCCGGAUCUCAGCGUUUGGGCCCUAUGUGGACUGGUGAUAACCUGGCAGACUGGGGUCACCUGGCUGCAUCGAUUUCUAUGAUUCUUAAUAAUGGAAUUGCUGGUUUCCCUUUUGCCGGAGCGGAUGUCGGAGGAUUCUUCGGUAACCCAAGCAAGGAGCUUCUGGCCAGAUGGUACCAGGCAGCUGCUUUCUACCCCUUCUUCCGUGCUCAUGCACAUAUAGACACCCGUAGGCGAGAGCCGUACAUGGUUGCCGAGCCAUACCGAGGCAUCAUUACACAGGCGCUCAGGGUCCGGUAUCAACUUCUGCCAGCAUGGUACACUGCGUUCCACCGUGCUUCCAUCAACGGCUCCCCAAUCCUUCGGCCACAGUAUUACGUUCACCCAUCAGAUGAACAAGGAUUUGCCCUGGAUGACCAGUUCUACCUCGGUCACACCGGCCUCCUUGUCAAGCCAGUUGUUACUGAAGGCUCUACUAGCGUUGAUGUUUACAUCUCCGAUGAAGAGAAGUACUAUGAUUACUUUGAUUUGACCAUUUACCAGGGGGCCAACAAGAAGCAUACCGUCAACGCACCAUUGGAGAAAAUCCCCAUGCUCAUGCAAGGCGGUCACAUAAUUCCGAGAAAAGAUCGACCACGACGAAGCAGUGGGCUGAUGAAAUAUGACCCAUACACACUUAUCGUGGUUCUUGACAGUAAGGGCCAAGCGGCAGGCGAGCUGUAUGUCGAUGAUGGUGAAACUUUUGACUAUAAGGAAGGAGCAUAUAUCCAUCGCCAAUUCUCUUUCUCAGACGCCAGCCUUUCUUCUACAGAUCAGUGUACCAGCGGCCCCAAAACAAAUCAGUACCUUAAAACUAUGGCUGAAGUGUAUGUUGAGAAGAUCGUUAUUGUGGGUGCCCCUAGCAGCUGGGAGGGUAAGGACAGCGUUUUGGUACUUGAAGACGGCGCAAAGUCCGGUAUCAAGGCCAGCAUGGACUGGCAUAAGGCGGAGAACGGCAAAGCUGCAUAUGCAACUGUGAAGAAACCUGGGGUUUCCAUCGCCAAGACAUGGAAGAUCGACUUUGCAUAG